CCGAAGGUUCUGGUGACGCGGGAAGGGGAGGAGAGUCUGGAGGAAGGGGAGGGCAGAGCCGCGGCGAGCGCAGACCGAGGCGCGGCGGCUGCGGCGCUGCAGCGCGGGUUCCGUGGGCGCUGCUGUGCGGGAGCCCAGAGCGCACCGCGUCCUUUGCGGGCCGGCCGGGAGGGCCCCUGAGCCCGGCGAGAUGGCCCCCAGGGUGGCCACCGGCACCCCCGAGCCCAGCGGCGGGGGCGGCAACAAGAUGGACAGCACCGUGGAGGUCGCCCCCAACCCCAACGGAGUCGGGACCCUCGGAGACGCGGUGCCCGCCGAGCAGCUGCAGGGGGAGCUGGAGCGCCCGCGGGAGCGGGAGUGGGGGCGCGACGCGGGCGGCGGCGGCCUGGGCAGCAGCCUGUCGCUGGCCGUGCCCCCCGGGCCCCUGAGCUUUGAGGCGCUGCUCGCCCAGGUGGGGGCGCUGGGCGGCGGCCAGCAGCUGCAGCUCGGCCUCUGCUGCCUGCCCAUGCUCUUCGUGGCGCUGGGCAUGGCCUCCGACCCUAUCUUCACGCUGGCGCCCCCCCUGCACUGCCACUAUGGGGGCCUCCCCCCCAAUGCGUCCGGCAGGGAGCAGCCCCCCAACUCCAGCGGCGUCGGCGUGGCCAGCGCGGCCCUGGUGGCCACCAGCUCGGACCCCGCGUGCAGCGGCUUCGCCCCGCCGGACUUCAACCACUGCCUCAAGGACUGGGACUACAACGGUCUGCCGGUGCUCACCACCAACGCCAUCGGCCAGUGGGAUCUGGUGUGUGACCUGGGCUGGCAGGUGAUCCUGGAGCAGAUUCUGUUCAUCUUGGGCUUUGCCUCUGGCUACCUGUUCUUGGGCUACCCGGCUGACAGGUUUGGCCGUCGAGGGAUUGUGUUGCUGACCUUGGGCUUGGUGGGACCCUGUGGAGUAGGAGGGGCUGCUGCAGGUUCCUCCACAGGCGUCAUGGCUCUGCGGUUCCUCCUGGGCUUUCUACUUGCUGGUGUUGACCUUGGCGUCUACCUGAUGCGCCUGGAGCUGUGCGAUCCAACCCAGAGGCUGCGGGUGGCCCUGGCAGGGGAGCUGGUGGGGGUGGGAGGGCACUUCCUGUUCCUGGGCCUGGCCCUUGUCUCUAAGGACUGGCGGUUCCUGCAGCGGCUGAUCACUGCUCCUUGCAUCCUCUUCUUGUUUUACGGUUGGCCUGGCCUGUUUCUGGAGUCGGCACGCUGGCUGAUAGUGAAGCGGCAGAUUGAGGAGGCCCAGUCUGUGCUGAGGAUCCUGGCUGAGCGAAACCGGCCCCACGGGCAGAUGCUGGGAGAGGAGGCGCAGGAGGCCCUGCAGGAACUGGAGAACACCUGCCCUCUCCCGGCAACGUCCUCCUUUUCCUUUGCUUCUCUCCUCAACUACCGCAACAUCUGGAAAAAUCUGCUUAUCCUGGGUUUCACCAAUUUUAUUGCCCACGCCAUUCGCCACUGCUACCAGCCUGUGGGCAGAGGAGGGAGCCCGUCGGACUUUUACCUGUGCUCCCUGCUGGCCAGCGGCACAGCGGCCCUGGCUUGCGUCUUCCUGGGCGUCACUGUGGACCGAUUUGGCCGCCGGGGCAUCCUGCUGCUUGCCAUGACGCUCACCAGCAUCGCGUCUCUGGUGCUGCUGGGCCUGUGGGACUGUGAGCAUCCUCCCUCCCCCACGGUGUGGGCCCAGCCAAGGAAGUCCAGCAGAGAUCUGAAUGAGGCUGCCAUCACCACUUUCUCUGUCCUUGGCCUCUUCUCCUCCCAAGCCGCCGGCAUCCUUAGCACCCUGCUUGCUGCUGAGGUCAUCCCUACCACGGUCCGGGGCCGAGGUCUGGGCUUGAUCAUGGCACUGGGGGCGCUCGGAGGGCUGAGCGACCCAGCCCAGCGCCUGCACAUGGGCCACGGGGCCUUCCUGCAGCAUGUGGUGCUGGCGGCCUGCGCCCUGCUGUGCAUCCUCAGCAUCAUGCUGCUGCCGGAGACCAAGCGCAAGCUCCUGCCGGAGGUGCUCCGGGACGGGGAGCUGUGCCGCCGGCCCUCCCUGCUACGGCAGCCGCCCCCCAGCCGCUGCGACCACGUCCCGCUGCUUGCCACCCCCAAUCCCGCCCUCUGAGUGGUCUCUGAGCAUCCUGGCGGGAGGCUGGCCACCGCAAAGGAAGUGGGGACUGAGGAAGGCUGAGCGGCACCACGGCCAGCCAUCCCCAGCCAGUGCUCAGAGGGCUGCCCCCACUCCCGGCUCCUCCCAGCGUCUUGUUCAUCUCCUUGGCCAGAGCCCGGGGCCAGGGGCAGAGCUCCAUACUGUGACCACUCGGUCUGGGCUCCAUCCUGUGCCCUGAGACAUGCUUCCAGACCUCAUCCUUUCUUGCUCUGUCAUUCUGUUUCAAUAAAGAUAUUUGGAAUAAGUGAGCACA